CGACGCCUGCGCAGUGUGCCAGGGAUGGCGUAUUUUCUUGCACCCAGUAAUGCGGCGUCGCUGGCCGCUGAGGAGGGCGGAGAUUUCUGUGGUGAAGUAGGGGGAGGGCUCCAAGGAGGCCUCGGGAAGAGCCGAGGUCUGAACUGUAAAGUGAGAAAUUGAUGUGGGUACUGCUAGUCUCCGACCGGCGGCUUGAAGUCUGAGAUCAUCGUGGAACCAUGGCUCUGGGUUAAGGGUUUGCCAUGAAGCCUGACAACCUGAGGUGUUCUGUCCAUGGGAUUCACAUGAUGGAAGAGAACUGACUCCCUCUUCUAGAGCCUGUCAAGUUGACAACACUAACCAUCACAGGUGCCUUCCGAUUCCAAAACCUGUGGUCAGCUUUGAAAUUUAUAAAACAUGGAGAAGACUCAAGAGAAAGCUGAAAGAAUUCUUCUGGAGCCCUAUAGGUACUUACUUCAAUUACCAGGUAAACAGGUGAGAACCAAACUUUCACAGGCAUUUAAUCACUGGCUGAAAGUUCCAGAAGACAAACUACAGAUUAUCAUUGAAGUAACUGAAAUGUUGCAUAACGCCAGCCUACUCAUUGAUGAUAUUGAAGACAAUUCAAAGCUCCGACGUGGUUUUCCAGUGGCGCAUAGCAUCUAUGGAAUCCCAUCUGUCAUCAAUUCUGCCAAUUAUGUCUAUUUCCUUGGCCUGGAGAAAGUCUUAACACUUGACCACCCAGAUGCUGUAAAGCUUUUCACACGCCAACUUUUGGAACUCCAUCAGGGACAAGGCCUAGAUAUUUACUGGAGGGACACCUAUACCUGUCCCACUGAGGAAGAAUACAAAGCCAUGGUGUUGCAGAAGACAGGUGGAUUGUUUGGACUAGCAGUGGGUCUCAUGCAGUUGUUCUCUGAUUACAAAGAAGAUUUAAAGCCACUGCUUGAUACACUUGGGCUCUUCUUCCAGAUUAGAGAUGAUUAUGCCAAUUUACACUCCAAAGAAUACAGUGAAAACAAAAGUUUCUGUGAAGACCUGACAGAAGGGAAGUUCUCAUUCCCCACUAUUCAUGCCAUCUGGUCAAGGCCAGAAAGCACCCAGGUACAGAAUAUCCUGCGCCAAAGAACAGAAAAUAUAGAUAUUAAAAAAUACUGUGUGCAGUACCUGGAAGAUGUAGGUUCUUUUGAAUAUACUCGAUACACCCUGAGAGAGCUUGAAGCUAAAGCCUACAAACAAAUUGAGGCCUGUGGUGGGAACCCUGCACUAGUGGCUUUAAUGAAGCAUUUAAGUAAGAUGUUCACAGAAGAAAAUGAAUAAUAUUUGCCGAUUUUGGUUAGACUCAAUAGCUUUCAGUUGAAAAUGCGGAGUGGCUUCCUGUUUAUCUUUUCAAGUACUAGUCUCCAAAAACUGAGUAAAUGAGGAUGAUGUGGGUGAAAGUGUUUCAUUGUCAGAAUCCCUUUGCAUAAAAAUACAAACCUGAGGGCCAGAGUGAUGGCUCAGUGGUUAAGAGGCUUGCAGAGAACCCAGGUUCAAUUCCCAGUGCGCAUAUAGAAGUUCACCACCAUCUAUAACUCCAGUUCCAAUGAUCUGAUGGCCUCUUCGGACCUUUGCAGGCAGCAAGCAUGCACAUAAUACACUGACACACACGUAGGCAAAACACUCAUACAAAUAAGAUAGAUUUUUUUAAUUUUUUAAAAACACAAAGUUGAAAGUACCAGGAGCCACAAACACGGGUCUUAGAAAUGUUAGACGCUAAAUGGGACCAACUCCCUACUACCACACAUGUUCUGGAUUUAUGAAUAAAAAAGACAUCUUCCAAGAAACUUCUGCUUUGUAACUGUAUGAUAUGGAUGGUUCCCAAUUCACUGAUGUUUCAGUUCAAAACAGGGACUUCCUAGACAAGUGUCUUUAGGUAAAGACCAAAGAACUGUUGCCUUUCCCUAAAUGAUACUAAGAGUAUGUCAGUUUUGUCUCUUUGAAGACUUAUACCAGAGUCUGAAAAGACAGAAUGAAAGCAGUAAACAUUCUUCUCACUCACUCUCUUGUUUCCAUCCUUAACACCCCACAAAUUCUGCUUUUUUAGCAAGGAGGCUCCACUUAAUGAAGUUCACAUCCUGGUCCCAAUUUAUUUUUUCUUUGUUUUUUUUGUUAGUGUGUGUGUCUUUUCUUGUAACAUUUUUCUGCCCCAAAUUGAUUAUAUCUGUGUAUAAUGUUGUUUCUCUGAGAAUGGAGAAAAUAUACAGAAAAAGUGUUUUGUGGAACAUACUUGUAACCCCAACAAUCCAGAGGUAUAGUCAGGAAGAUCAGAAGUUCAGGGUUAUGCUCAGAUAUAUGAGUUUGAGGCCAGUCUGGGCUACUUGAGACUUUGUCUCAAAAGAAAAAAAAAAUUUUUUUUUUUUCUUGAGACAGGCUUCACUAUACAAUUCUAGCUGGCCUCAAGGAUCAAAGGAUCCACCAGCCUAGCUUCUGCCUCCUGAAUGCUAGGAUAAAAGAUGUGUCCCACCGUGUCUGACAAAGAAUGUGUAAGUCGAUUUAUUUUCUUGCCUAAUCAAAUUAAUUUUGGCCUGGUACUAAUUCAUGAUUCUUCUGUCAUUCUUGUCUUGCCUUUGUCAGUAACAGAAAUGCUUAACAGUGAAUUAGAGUCAGGUUAUCUAUCCAGUAAUCAUAAUUCCAUUCUUUACUUGGUCUGUGGUCAUAGUUGUUAUUCAGAAGAGAGCCAUAAUGUAAUGAGUAUCUUUGUUCCUUUAAUAAGAUAAUUUUAUUUGUGCACGCCUUUAAUCCCAGCACUCAGGAGGCAGAGACAGGCAGAUCUCCGGGGAGGCAAGCCUGGUCUACAGAGUGAGUUCCAGGAUAGCCAGAGCUAUACAGAAACCCUGUCUCAAAAAAAAAAAAAGAUUCUAUUUGCUUAGAUUUAUUCUACAGUAAUGCUUUUCUUGCCUAAGAAAGUCUUCAGCUAUCCUCUUGUAGAGUUGGAUUUUGCCAUGUCGGAGACGUGUGUGUGUGUGUGUGUGUGUGUGUGUGUGUGUGUGUGUGUGUUUUGAGAGAGGGUUUCUCUGUGUAGCCCUGGCUGUUCUAGAACACACUUUGUAGACCAGGCUUGCUUUGAACUCACAGCGAUCCACCUGCCUCUGCCUUCUGAGUGCUGGGCCUAAAGGAGCGUGCCACCACUGCCUGGUUGAGACUUACUUUUUAAUAUUUUCUGUUUUAUGCAGCUUCAGAAAAACAUUAAUUUUAUUUACCAGAUCUGCAAGAAUAAAUGUCAGUUAUAUUGCCAUAGAUGACUUGGCUCAGCAAGAUUUUUAUUUUCUUGAGAUGAGGUCUGGCUUUGUUGUCUAAUCUAUUAUUGGCCUUAUCUUCCUUCAGCCUCUGGAGUAGCUGGGAUUCCAGUCCAGUCCUGGGUCUAGCAAGGUCUUAGUUCAUCUGCUCUGCUCUCCCACUGCCCCUCCUCUAACUUCUGUCCCCCAUUCAUUCCCCUCGGGAGAUCUUCGGAAGCCCUCUGCCAGUUCUGAGUGCAUCCAGCCACCUGCAUUCUUUGGUUUCCAGUGCUAUUAGGGAAUGUUCUCCUGGCAGCUGGUGUAGUCGCUACUGCCUCCUUGAGCAGCCCUUCCCCCCCCCCCCCCCCCCAGUAACCUGUAUUAUUUCUCUCAUCUUCCUUUCCUAGCAGAAAAGGAGAUUCCUCACCUAGCAAUCUAAUGUCUCCUAUUACCUUUUCCACUCUCCACCUAUCAGAUGUGGAGCCUCGUAACUUUCUACUCUUAUUUUAAAUCUGCCUUCAAGUCCUCUGCCUUUUAUUUCCAAAAACAAACCAGAUGAGGUGGCAAAUGCCUAUAAUCUUAGCACUUAGGAUGGCAAAUUGGGAUCAAAAGUUCAAGGUCCUUAUUGGCUACAUAGCGGGCUGGGCCUGACCUGGGUUUUGUAAGAGUUUGUCCUACAGCCUUAGGCCAAAGGAGCUCUUGAGCUCUAGAUUCCUUUCCCUUCCUACUCCUGAGGGCCUCGCCCCAUCCCAGGCUGUCGUCAUCCUUAGGCAUUGUCCUAUGGUUCAUGUUAAGCCAUGUGCUAUGGGAAAGGGGAAAGAAAUGUGUAUUUAUACAUCUGUAAUCCCAGCACUCAGGAGGCAGAGGCAGGCAGAUCUCUGUGAUCUGGUCUAAAUAGAGAGUUUCAGGCCAGACAGGGUAACAGUGAGACUCUCAAAAAAAAAAAGUUUCACGUAUAGAAAUGGGCUCACAGCCUAUAGUACUGUGAGUUCAUAUAUAAUAUAGUGGACAUUUUACUUUCUUAACCUGACCACCCCACUUGGCUAACUGCAGACUCACUCUGCUCAUCUUAAUUUAUCUUUUCAUAUUUAGAUUAUUUGAUAUAUUGAGAUUUAGCUGUAAUGUUAGGCAUUUUGCUAUGUACAGCUUGGUUAAAAAGGAAAUAAA